AUGUCUCAAAAGGGCCAGAAACAGCCUCCCAAAACAACGCCGGCCAACCAGGUACGACCCCAGACCACAAAUGGCAACGCCAAGACUCCUCCCGCCGCUGCAAACCCCAGACCAGGUUCGUUCUCGGCAGCGGACCUGAACCGCAUUGUGCUGGAGUAUCUGAACAAAAAGGGCUACCACAGAACCGAACAAAUGCUUAGAGUCGAGAGCUCCCGUACCUUGACUCCCCAAAACAAACAGCUUCCGGGAAACACCGGCACUGGCGCGUUCCCCGAGCCGGGCCAGGAGCCCAACGCCCAGGGCGCAAGACCCGUUUCCAACCCUUCCAAUAUCAAAAGAGACUCCGACGGCAAUCUCAUCUCACAACAAGCAAACAGCUCGCCGAGACACUACUUCCUCGCGUACUCCAUGCUGAAGAACUGGGCCGAUUCCUCCCUCGACAUGUACAAACCUGAGCUCACGCGCAUUAUUUACCCAAUUUUCAUUUACGUGUUUCUCACACUGGUGGCCAAAGACGCGAUCCAGGCUCGUCGGUUUUUCGACCGAUUCUCGGUCGAUUAUAGAGCGUUCCACGCUUCAGAGAUCAACAAGCUUUUCUCUGUUAACUCGGUCGACCAUAUCAAGGAAAACGAGCUCGCACAAGGCUUUCAAUCCAACAAAUACCGCGUGACAAUAUCGCGCACGACUCUAAAUCUGCUGCUUUAUUUCUUGAAUGAGAAUGAAAGUGUCGGAGGCUCGUUACUCAUCAGUAUCAUAAACCAAAACCUAGAUCCCAAUAUCGUGGAGACCAUCACUUCCCAGGAAACUUUGACAGAUGGUAUAAAAGACGUUUCUGCUGGUGCAGUUGAUGUCGAUACGCACAAUUCCGUCCCCGUGAAACUGGGCAAGUUCCCCAUCGACGAAGAGUUCGCCAAAGAGGUCGAAACUGAGCUUCAGAAAAAAGACGAACAGGCCAAAUCCGCCGAGAAUCAGGACCAGCCGAAAGGUCUUAUCGAGGAGUACAGGGACAUGAAUAGGCUUUCGACCGACGAGAAGACCGCCAACGACGACGAGAAAACAGAGGGCGCGGCUGCGCUCGUCGAAGCAGAUAAGAAGGAUGAUCGCAAACAAGACCCUAAUAUGGAGUCGCCUUCUAGAGAAGUUCUACCUCUGCCUUCCAAAACAGCCCUAGAUCUAAAACUCGAAAUUCAAAAGGUACGGGAAUCGCGAGACGCUAUACGUCUCGAAAAUCUACAAACCUCCGCGCCCAGCGUUUGCAUGUACACUUUUCACAACACCAACUCUGAAAUGACGUCUAUCGAGUUCAGUGAUGAUGUUAGAUUGGCGUCUGCAGGUUUCCAAGACAGUAUAAUCAAGGUGUGGUCGUUGGAUGGCACGCCUCUACAAAAUAAGUUGCCAUCAAAACAAAAUGAGCGCGCCAACAAUGCCACACUGGUGGGUCACAGCGGUACCGUGUAUUCGACUUCUUUCAGCCCUGACAAUAGAUAUCUCCUUUCUGCGUCCGAGGACAAAACUGCUCGGUUGUGGUCCACGGACACUUUCACCUCCCUUGUAAGCUAUAAAGGCCAUAACCAUCCUAUAUGGGAUGUGUCAUUCUCUCCACUUGGUCAUUAUUUCGCUACUGCUUCGCACGAUCAAACCGCUAGAUUGUGGUCGUGCGACCACAUUUACCCGCUGAGGAUUUUUGCCGGUCACUUGAACGACGUUGAUACGGUCUCUUUCCACCCCAACGGAACUUACGUUUUCACUGGUUCUAGCGAUAAAACGUGUCGCAUGUGGGACAUCGGCACAGGUGAUUCGGUGCGUCUGUUCCUUGGCCACACGGCGCCCGUGAUUUCGACUGCCGUUUCACCCGACGGCAGGUGGCUCUCGACUGGUAGCGAGGAUGGGAUCAUCAAUGUUUGGGAUAUUGGUACAGGUAAAAGACUAAAACAAAUGAGAGGACAUGGUAAAAACGCAAUCUACUCGCUAUCUUACAGCAAAGAGGGUAAUAUUCUCAUGUCGGGCGGCGCCGAUCAUUCUGUCAGAGUCUGGGACGUCAAGAAGUCUACCGCGGAGCCGGGUGCAGAACCAGAACAGCCAUUCACAAAUUACUCGGGAGACGUUACCACAUCGGUUAACCAAGACAUUAAAGAGUAUGGCCGUAGACGAACUAUUGUUCCUACGAGCGACCUUGUUGCCUCUUUCUACACCAAAAAGACUCCUGUUUAUAAAGUGAAGUUCACGAGAAGUAACCUGGUGUUGGCUGGAGGCGCUUUCCGAGAAUGA